AUGCAAGGCUCCGGACCACGUCUCAAAAAUGGGGUCGAUCUCCAGCUCCAGUCGGCCUUUUACGACCAAAACUGGAGCACCGUCGUGCGGCUCGCCGAGAAGCGUGCCAAGAUGGUGAAUGAUCCAUACUAUGAGAUCCUCAAAGUCUGUGCCGAGAGCCAGCUGGACGAUCCGGCAGCCAAAUAUAGCGCCAUGACGGCUCUUGUCACAUACGUCAAGGACGGCACUGUGAUCAAGGACGCAGACGGGAUUGAUCUGCUGGAAUGGGCCACGCGCGACCUGCUAGAGGAAGAUGAGUUUCCAGAGACGCUGGGUCCUCUGCGAGUUCGUGCGGCCAAGGCCUCGGCCAAGGACAGAAACCAAACGACGAGAUGUCUCGAGUCUUGCCUUCUCCACUGGGAUCUUGUCAGCGCCCAACAAAUCGCUGCCUUGAUUGACAAAUCGUUUCCCCAGGAGAGAUCAUUCCUCUUCUGGAACAUUGCUAUUACGCAUCUUCUAGCUAUAUCUUCCCAGUCGCCCCCCGAAAAGAAGAAACUCUACGGCAUGCUGGCUCAGAAACAAAUCGAGCGGGCUGCGCAGGCAACAGAGCAGGCAAAUGAUAAAACGGCGCUACCGCCUCGCAGUAUCCAGACAGAACAAGAGAUCCUUCUCUUGUAUGAAGUCGUCGGUGCUCAUGGUAGCGCAUCGGACUUGAGUAAGCUUCUCGACAGCAGCGUCUUCAGCCCUGUCGAGCAGCUCAAGCAGGGUCGCAAAGAGCCCCUUAUGUACACCAUCGAGAAGCUUGAAAGCGACGAAAAUUGGCAAAGUCUUUACAGUGUCUGCCGGGAUUGUCUGUCCGUGUCGGAAGAUAAUGGAGAGCUAACAUUACAGGCUUCUGACUGGGACGUCUGGCAAUCAUUCAUUAUCGCUGCAAGCCAGAUCCAAGACAGUGACGCUGAAGCAACUGCGACGGUGCAAGAGCUGCUUCUCAAGCUAUCCAAAGCAGCAGACUCCAAGGCUAUCUACAAGCGAAACAUAAUGCUUGCGCGUGUCUGUGCCAGCUUUCAGCUACUGAGUUCAGAGGGGCCCGAUGCGGUAGAAUCCGCCCCAGCAUCGCUACGACUGCGCGAACUGGUCAAAUACAUCAAUAACCAGGCCUAUAAUCCAUCGUGUUUUGACGAUAUCCGACUAUUUGCGGAGCAUCUCGACGCUGGUGGCAUCGACUACCUCGCCCAUCACCACUUCCCGCCGGAGGAACAGAGCGACGAGAUCCCGGAGCUAAGGAAGCAGAUUCUCACUUUGAAGUUGCAAUAUUUCGCUACAACCUGCCCGCAGACAUACGAGGCCAUCCCUAAAGCAAGCGAAAAGUGUGAAUCUCGCCAAACAAGAUUCAAGAGCGUAUACAAAGCCAGCAUGGCGUUGCACAAGCACAUCAGCACAAUAGCUUCCUACUCGUCUCAGUCGACCAAAGAUGUUCAGUCGGAGGUCGCCCUUGUUGCCGCAUCGUGCCUGGUUGGGUUGGCGGAUCAGCUCCCAUCUUCGCUUCCAACGGCCGAGUCUGCGCAGUAUUUGGUGCAGGCGCUUCUCCUUCUUCAGCAGCAGCUCAACUCGUCCCCCAGACACAGUCAAAUUUCCUUGCUCCUCGUCCAGCUGCACUUGCGCCUGGCUUCCACCCCCGAGGCGCUUGCCGUCUGGGAUACGUUGGCUAUCAAGCGGACCAUUCUGGACUCGCUCGCACCGCUCUUCUACGACCGUCUGUCCACGGUGGCGCCGGGCAUGAUUUCGCCACUGACCGACGCCGGCUGGCAGCUCAUGUCGUCGAUCAAAACGCACUACCAGACAUCUCUAAAGAUGCGCAUGCCUCGGCGCUUAAUCGACGCGUUCCAAGACGGCAGCUACAGUAGUGUUUUGACGGUGCCCGAGUAUGUCGAGAAUCUGCGUGUGAGCUGCACCAGAGCGAUGAGCUUGGUGGAAAGCGUGCGCUCCGAGCGACUGCUUGGUGUUUCAGAUACUGACUUGCUCAGCGAUUCGAGAUUCACUGAAGUGUGCGACGGUACAAGCCUGAACGAAAUCAUUGACUACGGAUCCUUUCCCUCGUGGAACCACAGCGCCACGCCCGCCAUCUACGAGCGGCUAAGACUUGGACCAGCUCCCAGUGACCGCAGAGCCCACCUUUCUUUGCUCGCAGAGGCAUUCCAGCAAACUCUUGCCUACACGCCGCCAACAUUCUACAAGGUGCCAGUGGCAGGUUCCGUGGCUGACCAAAAAUACGUCAUUGAAUCCCUUGGGCAAAUCGCCAAUUCCUUCCCCAAGUUCCUUCCCGGAGCGGCCUCUGCACUCACCGAGUCGGAGCUUCAGUAUUUCGAAGUCAUCAGCCUGCUCUCCUCCCUCGUGCCGCUGUGCGCCGACCGCGCUGCCGGCCUCAACGAGCUUAUUGGCCCGUUUGUCAGCGCCGUCACAGCCUCACUCGAAAGCCAGCGCGACUACCUUGCCGCUUUGGCUGACGGAUCCGAGAUUGGCGACACAACAUCGCUGCUUCAGUCGCUGCAUCGCAUCGUCCUGCUGCGUGACACGGCCGUCGCCGUCAAGAACGCCUCGCAGUGGAUCUCCAACUUCAACGAGAAGCAAAAAGAGCGCGAUCGCUCGGGCCAGAGCAACCUGCCCAAGGACGUUGUCGCGCAGACCAAGGCGCUCGGCGUGGCGGCGGACGCGACGCUCAAGCAAUGCAAGAUGUGGAUCGUGCGGCUGACGCAGGACACCAAGUCCGGUGGCGUGAUUGAGAGAGAGAUUAAGAAGCUUGUGUACGGUGGAGAGGAGGGUAAGCUGCUGCAGGGCGUCGUGACGGCUAGCACAGUGUUUGAUCUGGUGGGCAGCUGGCGUAAGAGUCUCGCUGCGUGGCAGGGAGUACAGUGGCAGUAG